GAGGGCUCGAGUCCUCCCCGGUCCUCCGCUGCUCGGCGGCCCGCCCCUCACGGUGUGGCGCGUCCUGACGCUUUUCCACGUCGCCGCUCCGUCUCACAGACGAGCUCUCUGCGUAUGUAUGCGUGUCUCCAGCUAGGCCAGAGAGUGAUGGCGGCGCCCGUCCUGAGAGUGUCCACCCCUCGGUGGGAGAGAAUAGCCCGGCUCCUCGUGUGCCUGCUGGGCAUUCUGCUGUCUCUGUACGCCUUCCACGUCGAGAGGGAAAAGGCUCGGGACCCGGGCUACACGGCGAUGUGCGACGUCAGCAGCUCCAUCAGCUGCUCCAAAGUGUUCAGCUCAAGGUGGGGUCGAGGAUUUGGACUCUUGGGCUCAAUUUUUGGAAAUGACAGUGCACUGAACCAACCCAACAGUGUCUAUGGGCUUGCCUUUUAUGCCUUUCAGCUCCUACUAG